CCAGAAUUCACGGGUUGCCACAGCACAGUCGCGUCUCCCGGCGCAACACCCGAUGUAUUCGGUUACAGUUGCUGACUGAAUUGCUUCGUCACUGUUUGAUAUUGUACACCAGCGGCACCUAAUCAGCAGUCUACUAUCGGUUCUUAAGCUGUCCCCAUGGGCUGAACAACACCUUCAACAACUGGAAACACAAGGGACACCAUGGACUUCACCAACGAGCCCCCCUCCAAGAAGCGCCGGUUCAUGGCCGACCAAGUUGACUCGGACGAUGUCGUUGCCGGCCCCAGCUCGUCUCCUCAAUUCAGUGCUCCGCCGAGUUCACCACCCAGGAAGAAACUCCUUCAAGAUCCAAACGAAGAAGUAAAGUCACGAAUCUCCAAAGAUGCGGACGACGACGAGGAACCCCCGAGAUUCUUCACAGACGAUGGCACAUUAACGCCCCAUGCUAUGAAGCUAUGUGCUCCCUUUCUCGACGAAAUGCAAAAGCCAGAUCCCAGGAGAGGAUAUGUCUUGAAAGAUAUCGAUACUCCAGUCGCGACACCGCAAGAUGUGACACCCCCAGUGGUCGAGUCCCCCCAGCUGGCGUUCGACAAAGAUACAUUCGAAGCCUUUGUUGGCGAAAAAGUUGCGACCGAUGUCCUCCAAGUCAUAAGCAAGAACUGCGGCAACGAUAUCGAAAGAGCUGUCAAUAUGUACCUGGAUGGAACAUGGAAGAAGCUACACCGGGCGCCUCCAGUCAGGGUCAACUCGCAUUCGCCCCUGAUUGUAGUAGGUCAGUCUCCGAAGAAAGCAUCGACACCACACGCACGAUUGCGGUCGCAAGCUCAAGCCCAACCACAAACACAAUCGAGAACACAAGCAGGGGAGCCCAAGGUUCUCCCAUCAAUGCCAGAGGCCCGCUAUGUCGGCGCAUUUGGUGUUGAGGGAUGGGCUACAAGGAGCGGGACAGGCCUCAUUAGACACGGUGAUAUUGUCAAGAUUGAGCGCCAAAAGAUCCAACCACCCACCGUCGCAAGGAAAGGGCAAAUCAAGCCUGGGACCCCGCAGUCCAUGCCACGAGUUAGCGCGGCAGCUGCCAAACGUGUCGAUGUGAUAGUCCGUUUCACCGACGCCAGCGGCAGAGAACUUGGUCGUCUAGCCAAAGACACAGCCAACUGGGUGUCAACACUGAUAGACCAGAACAUCUGCAGGUUCGAAGGCAUUUGCGUCUAUGCGCCCGAGCGUCUACGAACGAACGAGACCGUCUUUUUACAACUCAAGUGCUACAUGCUCCGAGCAGCCUUCUUCGGGAGAACCUUCCAACUAGCCGACAACAGGGCCGCCGGGUUUCACGAGAAAGACGAGACAACAGAAGAGAAGGACCUCCGAUUGAGGCAAGUUGCGCUUGUGAGACUGUUCCAAGAGAUCAAUAUGGUCCCCUCUCGAGGAAAUGCCGCUGCCGCCAAAGACGCCAGGAAAGACCUGCUUGAAGCAGCAGAUUCUGCCGAGAAGAAGGCGAUGGACAAGGCCAAGGCCGGGGACAACAAUAACGGGUCAGCUUCUCCCUCAGAAGAGGCCGAAGAGGGCCAGGAGCUCGAACAAGACCAACUCGAUGCGCUUUACAAGAAGGCCCAGUCGUUCGACUUUAGCACCCCCGAGGCUGAACCAGCUGACACCUUCGCCAUGGCCUUGCGUCCAUACCAGAAGCAAUCGCUGUACUGGAUGCUGGCCAAGGAGAAGAACCAGCGAACAGAAGGCCGCGAAACAUCCAUGCACCCCUUAUGGGAAGAGUAUACCUGGCCGAUCAAGGACCAUGACGACAAGGACCUACCUGUGGUUCCUGGCCAACCCUGCUUCUACGUCAACCCGUACUCUGGCGAUCUGUCUCUUGACUUCCCCAAGCAAGAGCAGCACUGUCUUGGUGGAAUCUUGGCUGAUGAGAUGGGCCUUGGCAAAACCAUCCAAAUGCUUUCCCUGAUCCAUUCGCACAGAUCCGAAGUAGCCAUUAGGGCUCGAGAGGCUGGUCCUACCUCCGUCAACAACCUCCCACGUCUACCAGCAGUCUCUGGACAGAAGACUACAGUUGACGCUCCAUGUACAACACUUGUCGUUGCCCCCAUGUCCUUGCUAGCGCAAUGGCAAAGCGAAGCUGAGAAUGCUUCGAAGGAGGGCACCAUCAAGACCAUGAUGUACUACGGGGCGGAGAAGAAUGUCGAUCUACUGACCUUGUGCUGCGAAGCCAACGCGGCCAACGCUCCAGACGUGAUCAUCACCAGCUAUGGAGUCGUCCUCUCCGAGUUUACCCAAUUCACUACCAAGAAUGGAGACAGACUCAACAGCCGCGGUCUCUUCUCCCUCAACUUCUUCCGCGUCAUCCUGGACGAAGCACAUAAUAUCAAGAACCGCCAAGCCAAGACUUCCCGAGCUUGUUACGAAAUCGCCGCCGAACACCGCUGGGUCCUCACCGGAACCCCCAUCGUCAACCGCCUCGAAGACCUCUUCAGCCUUGUCCGCUUCCUGCGAGUCGAGCCAUGGAACAACUUUUCCUUCUGGCGGACCUUCAUUACCGUCCCCUUUGAGUCCAAGAACUUUGUACGCGCGUUAGACGUCGUCCAAACCGUCCUCGAACCGCUCGUCAUGCGUCGCACCAAAGACAUGAAGACCCCUGACGGCCAAUUCCUUGUUCCACUUCCGCCCAAACACAUCGAGAUCGUCGACAUCGAGCUCUCCGAGCCUGAGAGGGCAGUCUACGACUACGUCUUUAACCGCGCCAAGCGGACGUUCUUCGAUAACAUGCAGGCCGGCACAGUGAUGAAAGCUUUCACAUCCAUCUUUGCGCAGAUCUUGCGGCUCCGUCAAUCGUGCUGUCACCCUUUGCUGGUCCGCAACCAGGAGAUCCUCGCUGAUGAGGAGGAAGUCAAUAUGGCCGCUGACGUCGCGGCAGGAUUAGCAGACGACAUGGACCUCCAAUCUCUCAUCGAGCGCUUCACCGCCACCACAGACGACGCCUCAAAAACCAACAACUUCGGCGCCCACGUUCUCAAGCAGAUCCGGGACGAAGCAGUCAACGAAUGCCCCAUCUGCGCCGAAGAGCCAAUGAUCGACCAGGCCGUGACAGGAUGCUGGCACUCUGCGUGCAAGAAAUGUCUGCUCGAUUACAUCAAACACCAAACCGACCGUAACGAGGUACCACGGUGUUUCCAGUGUCGCGAGCACAUCAACAUCCGCGACAUCUUCGAAGUCAUCCGCCACGAUGAUGACCCGGAGACACCCUCUACUCCGGGCGCAAGUCCCGAACCACGAAUCAGCCUCCAACGCGUCGGGGCCAAUGACUCCAGCGCCAAAAUCGUCGCUCUAAUCUCCCACCUCCGCGCCUUGCGCCAGGAGCACCCGAAAAUGAAAUCCCUAGUAAUUUCCCAGUUCACAUCCUUCCUCACUCUAAUCUCCUCCGCCCUCACGCGACACAAAAUCUCCUUCCUCCGGCUGGACGGGUCCAUGUCCCAGAAGGCCCGCGCCGCCGUGCUUUCCGAGUUUCAAUCUACCAACAAGUUCUGCGUCCUCUUGCUGAGUCUAAAAGCGGGAGGUGUUGGGUUGAACUUGACAAGUGCGAAGAGGGUGUACAUGAUGGACCCGUGGUGGUCCUUCGCGGUAGAGGCGCAGGCGAUUGAUCGUGUCCAUCGCAUGGGGCAGGAGGAUGAGGUGAGGGUUUAUCGGUUUAUUGUGAAACAGAGUGUGGAAAUGAGGAUGUUGCGGGUGCAGGAGAGGAAGAAGUUUAUAGCAACAUCGCUGGGGAUGAUGUCCGACGAAGAGAAGAAGAUGCAGAGGAUCGAGGAUAUCAAGGAGCUGUUGAGCUCGGAUUGAGCGCAUCGAUACCCAAGGUAUAUCUACCUUGUCGUCGUCAGUAUAGAGCAGCAUCCCAGGAGCAUAGGGGUCAUCGCAUUGGGUGUCUUGGAGUAUAUUGUUUUGGUCAUGGUUUAUCCGUUCAGUUCGGGUCUGGCCCUGGUGUAGGUAAUUGGAUGCUAUCGGGCAAGUGGUACGAGUCGCAGGUGGAAAAAAAAGAAGGGAGUCGCUGAGGGGCGUAAGUCCCGGAAGAUUCUACGGCAACAGCAAAGCAUUUGGACAUAUUUACACGCAAAUCUACCUACAUACCACCAGCAUUUCU